AGGGAUUGAACCUGCAACCUCAGGGAUUCUAGUCAGGUUUGUUACAACUGAGCCACAGUGGGAACUCCCUCAUCACCCUUUCUUUAAAACAGUGAAUACCUUCUAACAUAAUAUAUAAUUUAAUUAUUAUCUCCUAACAUCCUUCUCCAUCUGUUAGACAUUUCUUCUACUGAGAUAUCAAUCUGUUUUGUUCACUGAUAUGUCUGCAACCCAUUCAGUAAAAGUUUUAAAAUUUUAGUAAAUCUACUGAAUAUAUUUACUGAAUGUUGUAUGAAUCUAAAAUUGAACAGAGUUUCAAACUUAAGACUUGAACAAAUUGAACAUUUAAAGAAGUUAGGGAGGUGAAGGUUAGAUUGUAUUCUGGGAGGUAAGAGGAGAAAGGAUUUUAAGAGGAGAGUGGUCAAUUUGUAUAAAAUACACUAUCAAGUGGAGGUAACUAGAGGUAGGUAAGUGACCAGUGACCAUGGGACCAUCAAAUGGACGUCAUUUCUGUCCCCAGUGGGAGCAGUUUCAGGGUAACUUGCAAUGUCUCUAUUCCAAAUGAGAUUUGAGGGAGGUGAGAUUGAGGAUAGACGUAUUUCUUGAUAUUUUGAUGUGAAGAGUGGUAGAAAUUUGGAGAAUGACCUAAGGUCAUGGAGGAAAGGAUUCUGUAGGUAUUAAUCCACAAAGACUUUUUUUAAAAAGCUUCAGAAUUCUGUUAAGGGAUAGUAACAUAAAUGAAAAGUAAGGCUCUGUAAGCAGUAAAGAUUUUUACCAAGAUUUUAUACGUAACCGCACUUACUCUCCCUGCAACUCUCAGAUAAAGGUAGGGCAGUGCUCGCCCCCAUUCCCUGGGAAGGAAACAGGGCUCACAUUCGUAACAAGGCCAUGCAGCCUAGAAUAGGUGGUCAUGAUUUGAGCUAAGAAUUCAGAUUCUAACACUUUCCCGUACCGCAUGGAAAUCAACUCGUCUGUUUUCGGUGUAGUAUGCGGAUGUAUGUUGCCUCUGGGCAUUCAGAUUGAAACAAAAAGGUACAAUUUUUAGGACAAUGAAUUUGCAAAAUGCUAAAACACAAAAUGGGCUGCCUGGUACUAUUAGCUAUGUAUGGUUUAGAGAUAUUUACUUUCCAAGCACUUGGUUUUCUCAUAUUGAAAAAAAGAGACUAAUAAAUUUUUAGUACUUAUUUUGUUCAUAGAUUUUGGUCUCUUAAUACAUUAUUUCAUUUAAUAAUCAGAAGAGCAUCAUUAAGUGGUUCCUGUAAAAGUAAAGAAUAAAAAUUGGGCAGCUUCAACAUCUACUGAUUGGACAGAAGAAAGGUGAAAAAUGAGGGAGGGAAGAUUAACUAUUGUUAAGAAUAAGAGAGCUCUGUGUGGAAGCCAGAGGUCAGACUUGCUACAUAUGAGGGCAAAUUCUGUGAUGAAAAUGAAGGUCUGGAAGAUGGGUGGAGGUAGAGCCCCACAAAUAGAGGGGUUAACAUGAAUUUACGUGAAGGAGAGCUGAGAGGAGGCUCCUGAUUUUCUCAUGAGCUGGAGGCAGGACUGCAUUUACUGGGACUCGUGGGUGCUGAGAGCACCUGGAAGAUACAGGCCAGAACAGUUCUCUCCAAUGCACUUUCUGCAAGGAUGGAAAUUUUCUAAUUCUGCAAAGCACAAUUUGGUCGCCACUAGUCACAUGAGGUUAUUGAACACUUAGAAGUGUUAUGUAUGAUCAGGGUAUUGAUUUAUUUAAUUUUAAUGAACAGAAAUAGCAGCAUGUGGCCAGUGGCAACCAUAUCUGACUGCAAAGCUUUAGAGAAAAUGAACACUGUAUAAUUGAUUGAGGCACUAGAAAUUGAAGUUUAUUUGAUGAAUAUGGGCACCCUAGCCAGAGAUUAAGACAGGAUAUUUAUUUAUGUGAUUGGUGUUUUUUUUGGGGGGGGGCAGGUAGUAUGGUAAGAAUGUAUUUUCUAAAGCAAUUAACUUAAACAUACUUCAGUUCUUUUAUCCGUGAACAAUCCUGUCAUCAUUAAGAAUACAGAAAACAUUACUUUCUCUCCAUUCCUUUAUGAAAGCUGUUUCAUAUUCAUAUUUAAUAUUCUAUUCAAAAAGACCAAAGUUCUUUGUGGGCAGGAAGCCUGAAUUAUGCUUCUUGAUGUCUCUAAGAAGCCCUAACUCGUUUUAUUUAAAGACUGGGGCCAUAAACAAGAAUUGAUACACCAAGGUUGGAUGUUACAACUUGAUCUUUCUGAUCCCCUAUGCACUAAAUACUCUCCCAAGGUGAAGGAGCCUAAGAAAAUCAGCAAGAAGGAUUUCCAGGAGCCAUGUCAGCUUCCAAUAGCACCUCAAGCCAUCCAGCAGCCUUCCUGUUGGUAGGAAUUCCGGGUUUGGAGCACCUGCAUGUCUGGAUCUCCAUUCCCUUCUGCUUCGCCUAUACUCUGGCCCUGCUGGGAAACUGCACCCUUCUCUUCAUUAUCCUGGUUAAUACAGCCCUUCACGAGCCCAUGUACCUCUUCCUGGCCGUGCUGGCAGCCAUUGAUCUGGUCCUGUCUUCCACCACAGUGCCCAAAAUGCUGGCCAUAUUCUGGUUCAGGGAUCGAGCGAUCAACUUCUAUACUUGUCUGGUCCAGAUGUUCUUUCUCCACUCCUUCUCGAUCAUGGAGUCGGCACUGCUGCUGGCCAUGGCCUUUGACCGCUAUGUGGCCAUCUGCAGGCCACUGCACUACACCACAGUCCUCACUGGGCCCCUUAUCACCAAGAUUGGCUUGGCCGCUGUGACACGGGCUGUGACACUGAUGACCCCGCUCCCCUUUCUGCUCAGACGCUUCCACUACUGCCGAGGCCCAGUGAUUGCCCACUGCUACUGUGAGCACAUGGCCGUGGUCAGGCUGGCCUGUGGGGACACUCGCUUCAACAACAUCUAUGGCAUUGCAGUGGCCAUGUUUAUUGCAGUGUUGGACCUGUUCUUUGUUAUCCUGUCUUACAUUUUCAUCCUUCGAGCAGUUCUGCAGCUCACCUCUCAGGAGGCUCGCUACAAGGCCUUUGGGACAUGUGUGUCCCACAUAGGUGCCAUUUUAGCCUUCUACACACCUGCGGUCAUCUCCUCGGUCAUGCACCGUGUGGCUCGCCGGGCUGCCCCUCACGUCCACAUACUCUUUGCCAAUUUCUAUCUGCUCUUCCCACCCAUGGUCAACCCCAUCAUCUAUGGUGUCAGGACCAAGCAGAUUCGUGAACAAGUCUUAGGACUAUUCCUAAGAAAGGAUGUGUAAAUGGACAGUGAGGGGCAGGUGGGAUAGAGGGGACAGGUUGGAUGCUGGAGGGGGGUGGGGAUCUAAUAGGAUGCAGAGGGCAGCCAGGGUCUCCUUGUUUAGGUCCUUCCUGGUAAAAUGAAAAAAGUAAAUGGUAUCCCAAAAUGAUCAAGAGUCUCCAGGGCGAUUAGGACUCAAGGGUCUGAGUCUUUGGACUCAAACUGCUGAACUUGCUAUCUCCUCACAGAGUCCUCACUGAUAUCAUGGGCUUGACACUGUCUUAACCAACUCUCUUCUCGGUGACAUCACCUAAAAACGAAAGUGCUUCCAAAUUCAUUUACUUACAAAAAGGAUCAGAGUCAGUUUCUAUCCUGGGUCACUGGGGAUUUUACUUAUCUACUCAAGACCAUCUGAUGUGGGAAUCCUUCUUAGUCACUCUGACAGGUGGUGUCCAACCUCUGACUAUGCACUUGCUAUUCUGGAGAGCUGGUGGCCUUCCAGGGUGGAAGGUUCUAAGCUCUAGGGGUGCUGCUGUAAUAGUUACCAGAAAUACAGAAGUGGACUUAGAACUGGGAAAUGAGUAGAGGUUAGAAAAUUUUUGAGAUACAUAUGAGAAAACAUCUGUGUUGCCUUGAAGAUACUGUUGUUCGAGAUAAGGCCAUUAAAGGGAAUUCUGGUUGGAGCUCAGAAAGAAGAGAACUGUACAGAGGAUUUCUUCUUGGAGAACACAUAUCAUCAUGAACAGAACACUGGUAGAACAUGCAUAAUUAAAGGUACUUCAGGUGCAGUCUCAGACGGAAAGGUGGAUCCUAUUAUGGGAAACUAGAUGAAAGGUGAUCCUUGUUAUAAAGUGGCAAAUAACUUGGCCAAAUUCAGUUUUAAAGUGUUGUGGAAUAUAGAACUUGAAAGUGAUCAACUUGGAUGUUUAAGUGAGGAAAUUUCUAAACAAAGUCUUGAAGGCAUGGCCUGGUUUCACCUUACUUCUUACAGUAAAAUAAGAGAGAAGAGAGAUAAAUUGAAGAAAGAUUGGUUAAGGUAAAAGGAACCAGAACUUGAAGUUUUGCAAAAUUCUUGACCUAUCUAUAUCACACACACAAAAAACAGAAAGUGUAUUGAGGAGAAAAUAACGAGGGUAUGUAUGCCUGCGACCAUUUUCUUAAAGGGGCUAGGUUUGUGACUUAUUGAUCCAAAUGGCCAAUUCAGAAAAAAUCAGGCAUAGAGAUAGAGUUAUGCAGCAAAGAUCUGUGGAGGGAACUCUUGUGGAGCCUAACAACAUGCCACUAAAAAACCAACAGGUCAAUGAAGACAUCAAAGAGGAAAUCAGUAAGUAUAUUGAGACCAAUGAAAAUAAAAACACAACUUUCUCAUGAGAUACAACAAAAGCAGUACUAAGAUGGAAUUCUCUAGUGAUACGGGCCUGAUGAAGAAAUAAGAAAAUUUUAAACAAACAGCCUAAC